AUGGCAUCUUCUCAGCCCUUGUACACUCUGGCCGAAGGCGUACCCCUCCCACGGAACGACACGAUCGACCAGCUGUCCACCGGCUCCGGCGGCGGCUUUGUGCUGUUAACCAGCACUCAGCUUCUGGAGAACUUGGCCCAUUUCUCGCGAGAGAGGAUCCCGGAACGGCCGGUGCACGCAAAGGCUGCAGGAGCUCGAGGAUAUUAUGAAGUGACUGACGACGUGUCUGACCUCACGGACGCCGAUUUUCUCAAUGGCAUCGGAAAGAGGACAGAAGUGCUGAUGCGGAUCUCAACCGUGGGCCCGGAGCGUGGCUCGGCGGACACGGUCAGAGACUUCAGGGGCUUCGCGGUCAAGUUCAAGACGGCGCAGGGAAACAAUGACUGGGUCUUCAACAAUCAGCCCGUCUUCUUCGUCCGCGAUCCCGUCAAGUUUCCCUCGCUGAACCGGAGUCACAAGAGAGACCCUGCCACCAACCGGUCAAGUGCCAACAUGUUCUGGGACUUCCAUGUCCACAGCCAAGAGAGUAUCCAUGCCUUGAUGUUCCUGUUUGGCGAUAGGGGGCUGCCCUUGUCCGUCCGCCACGUCAACGGGUACAGCGGGAACACGUACAAGUUCACCAAAGCCGACGGGUCGUACGUUUAUGUUCGGAUCCAUCUCCACACCCAGCAAGGGAUCCAGUACUAUACCGACGCCGAGGGCGCACGACUGGCGGGCACCGAACCGGAUCGGCAUCUGCAGGACCUCCAAGACGCCAUCACAGCCGGUAAUUAUCCCUCGUGGAAUGUGUACGUCCAGGUGAUCCAUCCGAGCGACAUUGCCAAUGCGCCGGUUGAUAUCUUCGACAUGACCAAGGUCUGGCCGAAGAAGCAGUUUCCCUUGCGCAAGAUGGGACGGGUGGUCCUGGACCGCAAUCCGAAGAACUGGUUCGCCGAGAUCGAGCAAGCCGCCUUCAGCCCUAGUAACAUGGUGCCGGGGAUCGCUCCCAGUCCAGAUCCGAUGCUCCAGGCCCGUAUGUUUGCCUAUCCCGACUCGGCGCGGUACCGCCUGGGCGCGAAUUACCAGUUCUUGCCCACCAAUGCCGCCAAAAGCGAGGUGUAUUGUCCAAUUGAACGAGACGGGUCGAUGAACUUCACCACCAACUACGGCGAUGAUCCGAAUUACAUCGGCACCAAGCUGAAGCCGGUCAGCUUCAUUGCGGAGACGGGAACAGCACAGCCCCAGACGAGUUCAGCAGUCCAGACUCUCGACAGUGUCCAAGUCUCGGCACCGGCCGCGGUCUUCACCACUGCCGGCGACCGAGACUUCGAACAACCCCGAGCCCUGUGGAAGAUUAUGGAACAGCAGGAAGGCGCUCAGUCUCGCUUUAUCGACAACCUUGCCGCCCAUGUGAGCGGUGUUACUGAGUCAUGGCUGCGAGAGAAGGUUUACGCCAUGUUCGCCAAAGUGGACGAGAAACUAGGUGAGAGGAUUAGGACGACUACCGAGACAAAGAUCAAUGGGAAUUUGUAG